AUGAUGGAGGUCACAUCGCCUGGGGGCACCCCCCCCUCUGCGAACGGUCUUGCUGCAGGUGGGAACGGCGGAUAUCAGAUCGAUCCUCUGUUGAUAUUAGAUCACCUCACUCAGGUGUGCGAAAUCACGUUAGGAGCCUCGAGAAAGGAACUUGAGAACGUCGGGAGUCUCCUGUCCAAGGCAAGGGUCUCCGACACAACUCAGCGCGUUCAACGCUGGGCAGAGUCCCAAGCCGUUCUGUAUUUGCAGAAGGAUAUUGCAGCCUCUGCAGAUGUAAUAGAUGCACCACUUGACGGAACUGGUCCUACGAGUUACAACUACAGUCUUGCAACCGAUAUUUCCUUCUCUGCAACAACCAUAGCAUCGAUAGCCCUUUUGAAGCGUCCAUUUCCUAUAGAUCCUACGAUACCCAUUACUUCGCAAAUACAAAUAAUUAAUCUUCCUGGUGUGGCAUCGCUCACCAACAACUCUGGUGGUCAAGGUGCAUCUGUUUCUCCUUUCGAAAUAUUACACUCUGUUGUACACCUAGCGCUGGCGCCCUACUUCGAUGCAUAUACCAAGACGCAGCAGACGACAAAUGGCACUCGAGCCAGAUCAGAUGUGGACGCAAAGACUGGAAUUCCGGUGACAAAGAAGAGGAUAGCAGAGUUGGAGUUGAGCCUGUUACAUUUGCAACAAAACAUCGAAAUUCCGGACUUGAUAUUGCCCAUGCACCCCAUGGUUCAAAAUGCUUUGGAAGAAGCCGCUGCUAGGAAUACUAGGCCGACCGCUGAAUUGAUUCCUAUGACUUUGAUUCAAGACAGUACAUUUCUCAACAACCUUCAGUCUAUUGUGAACGGAUGGAUUAAGUCAAUACAGACGAUUACGAAGAUGUCAAGAGAUCCUACCAGUGGAACGGCAACACAAGAGAUUAACUUCUGGCUUUCUAUGGAGUCUGCUUUGGAGGGGAUUGAGACUCAAUUGCGCAGUGAUGGUGUAACUCUUACAAUGGAAAUACUUCGAACCGCCAAACGUUUCCAAGCAACAGUCAGUUUCUCUGCGGAUACCGGUCUGAAGGAGGCUACGGAUACGGUCCAGAAGUACAACCAGCUCAUGCGAGAUUUUCCGCUGGACGAGCUUCUGUCCGCCACGUCUCUGUCCAAGAUUCAAGAUGCGCUAGGCAUGAUCUUCACACAUCUCAAUAAGAAGCUUCGAAUUUGUCCGUAUCCUAUUCGGCGAGCCUUGCCUUUAGUCGAAGCCAUUUCAGCCGAUCUUGAUACCCAAUUACAUUCGUUGUUGCACGGCCGAUCUUUGAUGCACCUGGACUACCGAGAGUUUAAGAGUUUGAUGACGACUGCAGAAUCUAUCUGGAAAAUCUGGGAUGAGCAUAUCAAGGAAUUCACCAAUGUUGCCCGUGAGGUAACUCGCCGGAGGAACGAGAAAUUCAUCCCCAUCAAAAUUCAGCCAAAGCAUGCAGCCCUUCAAGCAAGAUUAAAAUAUGUCAGCACCUUCCGCGACAAUCAUGAACAGCUUCAAAAAACUAUCGUCAACGUCUUGGGACCAAAGAGUGAAGAUGGCGGGGAUGGAGCUUCCAAUGGUGUUGUACUUGUUGAAGAAAUGGGUGAUGUCGAUGCUGUUGAAGAAGUGCAGCAAGCCUAUGCAGCUUUAAACAAUGUGGAUUUGCUGGAUGUGUCUCCCGAAGGUACGCAAAUUUGGGUGCAAGCUGAAAUGACCUACAAUGAUCGGACGUCGCGUGUCGAGAACUCAAUUAUUGCUCGGCUACGAGACCGUUUGGCCACAGCCAAGACUGCCAACGAGAUGUUCCGGGUGUUUUCGAAGUUCAAUGCGCUUUUUGUUCGACCCAAGAUUCGGAGUGCUAUUACAGAAUACCAGACGCAGCUUAUUGAUAACGUUAAGCAUGAUAUUUCUUCCCUUCACGAGCGUUUCAAGCAACAAUAUGGUCAUUCCGAAGCUCAUGCUAUGGCCCAGCUUAGAGAUCUUCCUCCGGUCUCUGGGGCCAUCAUAUGGGCUCGUCAAAUUGAGAGACAACUUGAUGGCUAUAUGAAGAAGGUUGCAGAUGUUCUUGGUACUGACUGGGCUCUUCAUUCGGAAGGGCAGAAGCUACAGAGUGAAAGCAACCUGUUCAGAAAAAAGCUCGACACUCGGCCAAUUUUCGAGGCAUGGCUACAUGACGUACAGAGAAAACAAGUAUCUAUCUCGGGCCGCCUGUUCAACAUCAACAAGAUCCGAGCUGCAAACAAUGCCCUUGAACUAGCCGUAAAUUUCGACCCUCAAGUUAUCGCCCUCUUCAAAGAGACACGAAAUUUGUUGUGGCUGAAUUACCCAGUGCCGCAUCAGAUCAAUAAUGUCUCGAAGGAGGCCAAACGAGUAUACCCGUACGCAGUCAGUCUGAUGGAAAGUGUUCGUACAUUCGCCCAGACCAGUCGAGGAAUUGUGGAAAUGGCGGGUGUUGCCAUUCUCUUGAGUGGAUACCAAAACGACGUACAGACUCUGAUCCAAAAGGGAGUGCCGUUAAAAUGGGAGUCGUUUAUUCAUUCUUACGACAUCCAUGCCAAACCCAACUACCACUCCAAUGGAAGUCUCGACCAUGGACUCGGCGGUCGUAGUGAGAGCAAACAUGUCCAGUUUGUUCGAGAAUUCGCGGCGUCUGUUUCGCUCUUGCAGGGCAAGGCUGCAACUCUCUCUUCCAUCAACUCAACUGUCAGCAAAGCUCUUACUGAACUAGAAACUUGCCCUUACGACGCCGAUUCGUUUCAGUCCCGUCUGGAGACCAUCCAAAAUGCCGUGGAUCAGCUGAAUUUGGAGAACUACGUGAAUUUGUCUUACUGGGUCCGACAAAUGAAUGAGAUAAUCAAGGAAACCCUGCUUGUGCGACUAAGACGGGCGAUCGAGGUUUGGAUUGAAACGUUCGAAGACGAGGUCUCUGAAGGAGUCAAUGACGAUAGCCGAAAGAAGCACUUCAGCGCCAUUGAAGGGCCAGAAACCGAUAACAAGCCUUCACUAAAGCGACUGAUGCAUGAAGUGUCAAUGCGGAACCAAGUUAUUUAUCUUGAGCCCCCAUUGGAGCGUGCCAGAGCCAGUUGGUUCCAACAACUGCAUGAGUGGCUUGGAGUUGUUUGCAGUCUUCGCAAAGUCAAAGCUUCACGGUACGAGAUGACACUGGCAACUAUAAAUGAUACCGAGGCUUGCUUUACAGAUCUUCCUGCGGCAUGUGCAGAUAGUUUGUCUCAAGUAUACAGCUCCAUCGAAACAAAGUUACAUGCAAUUAGCAUAUACGUGGAUAAAUGGAUGCAAUUUCAGUCGCUCUGGGAUUUACAGUCAGAUAUGGUGUAUGAAAUGCUUGGAGAGCAGCUCCCGAAAUGGCUGCAGCUGCUUCAGGAGAUUCGAAAGACACGUUCAACCUUCGAUACAACAGAGGUUAGUCGGUCAUUCGGUCAUCUGACCAUCGACUAUGAGCAGGUACAGACCAAGGUCAAUGCAAAAUACGAUCAAUGGCAACACGAAAUUCUCACGAAGUUUGGCGGAAGACUCGGUAACCGCAUCCGCGAAGUCUAUGCAGACAUCGAGAAGGCACGACGAGAUUUGGAAGUGCAAUCCUUAGAAGCCACUUCUACAGCCCAGGCUGUACAGUUCAUCACCAUUGUGCAGACAUGUCAGCGCAAAGUCAAGGCUUGGGGUCCAGAAGUGGACAUUUUCAGGCAAGGACAGACAACCCUUGUCCGGCAACGAUAUCAAUUUCCUGCAGAUUGGCUGGGGGUAGAUCAGCUUGACUCAGAGUGGACCGCGCUGAACGAAAUUCUGACGAGGAAAGCCAAAAUUGUGCAAGACCAGAACGAUGCUUUGCGUGCCAAGAUCACCGCUGAAGACAAGGUUGUUGGCGAUAAGAUUGCUGAGAUAACUAGCCAGUGGAAUGAGGAGAAGCCUGUUUCCGGUACCAUUGCCCCCGAAAUCGCAUCUGCCACGCUGGCCUCCUUUGAAACCCGUAUUACACGGCUCCAUGAGGAAUCUGAGAUGGUGUCCAAGGCUAAGGAGGCACUGGAUCUUCCUGCCAGUCCCGACACUACCCUUUCUGCCAUACUGGAGGAAGUCCAGGACUUCAAGUCGGUCUGGGCCGCCCUUUCCACAAUUUGGAAGAGUCUGAACGAUCUUCGGGAGACCCUUUGGAACAGUGUCCAGCCCCGCAAGCUUAGAUCAAGUAUCGACGGUCUGAUCAAGAUGACGAAAGAGAUGCCCAGUCGUAUGAGACAGUAUGCAGCUUUUGAACACAUUCAGAACGUCCUCCGCCAAUUCCUGAAAGUUAAUCCCGUUUUGACAGACUUGAAAUCUGAAGCAGUCAGAGAUCGUCAUUGGAAUAAAAUCUUCAAGUCUCUUAAGCCUGGAAAGCGAUAUUCGCCUAUUUCCAUGACUCUUGGAGAAGUAUGGGAUUUGAACCUUGCCGCGAGCGAGGUGGUCAUUCGAGAUAUCAUCACGCAAGCUCAAGGCGAGAUGGCAUUGGAAGAAUUUCUGAAACAAGUCCGCGAGAUUUGGUCUAAUUAUUCGCUUGACCUGGUCAACUACCAGAACAAAUGUCGACUCAUCAGAGGCUGGGAUGAUCUGUUCGCAAAGUGCAGUGAGAAUCUGAACUCAUUGCAAGCUAUGCGGCACUCUCCUUACUACAAAGAAUUUGAGGAAGAAGCUUCAUCUUGGGAGGACAAGCUCAAUCGUGUCCACGUGCUUUUCGAUGUCUGGAUUGACGUUCAACGACAAUGGGUUUACCUAGAGGGGGUCUUCACUGGAAAUGCCGAUAUCAAGCAUCUGCUGCCCAUCGAAUCGUCCAGAUUCCAGAAUAUCAACUCAGAGUUCUUUGCCGUUAUGAAGAAGGUUUACAAGCAACCCUUUGUCUUGGACGUUCUUAAUAUUUCCGGAGUUCAAAAGUCACUCGAACGUCUAGCUGAACUACUGAACAAGAUUCAAAAGGCUCUAGGAGAGUAUCUAGAGCGAGAGCGUGUCUCAUUCCCAAGGUUCUACUUCGUUGGCGACGAAGAUCUUCUUGAAAUCAUUGGUAACAGCAACGACACAUUGCGAAUUGCGAAGCACUUCAAGAAAAUGUUUGCAGGUCUCUCAGGGCUCAUUAUGGACGAAGAACACAUCAUUUCUGGUUUUACCUCUAAAGAAGGCGAAGAAGUUAGACUGAAGAAGGAGAUUUCCCUCAUCAAAACGCCUAAGAUCAACGAUUGGCUAGCGCUACUCGAAAGCAGUAUGAAAGCUACCCUUGCUGAGCUGUUGGCAGAAGCAAUUGAGCAGUACGAACCACUUUUUGCUGCUGAAGAUGUUAACCAGGCUGCACUCAACGAAUACAUUGCCGCUUUUCCCAGUCAGAUCGUUGUGUUGGCUACACAGGCUGUAUGGACUUCGUCUGUGGAGAAGGCGCUCGAAGCAGGUGGUUCAACUCUACCAAGCCUGUUCGCCCAAGAAGUCAAGGUUCUUCGACUUCUUGCAUCCACCGUACUUGGAGAUCUCGACCCUAUACUAAGAAAGAGAUGCGAGCACUUGAUCACAGAAUGUGUUCAUCAGCGUGAUACAAUUGAAAAGCUCAUCAACCUCAAUGCUAGCACACCCAACCACUACAUGUGGCUCUUGCAAAUGCGAUAUGUCUACAAAGCCGAGGGGGAGUUCUUACAGCGUCUUCACAUCAGAAUGGCCAAUGCAAAAUUAAACUACGGCUUCGAAUACCUCGGCGUUGCGGAGCGCCUUGUCCGGACCCCUUUAACGGAUCGCUGCUUCUUGACCUUGACACAAGCUCUCUGUCAACGCCUGGGUGGGUCCCCGUACGGACCUGCUGGUACUGGAAAGACGGAAUCUGUCAAAGCUCUUGGUGUUCAACUUGGUCGGUUUACACUUGUCUUCUGUUGCGACGACACAUUUGAUUUCCAAGCUAUGGGUAGAAUCUUCCUGGGUAUCUGCCAAGUCGGAGCAUGGGGUUGUUUCGAUGAGUUCAAUCGACUUGAAGAACGAAUCUUGUCUGCUGUGUCUCAACAGGUACAAAACAUUCAACUUGGCCUAAAGCAAGGCAUGGAAGAUCCCAAAUCUCAGAUCGAACUUGUUGGCCGCCAGCUGAGUGUGAACGCCAAUACCGGAAUUUUCAUUACCAUGAAUCCUGGAUAUGCUGGUCGUUCCAAUUUGCCUGACAACCUGAAGAAACUGUUCCGCAGUGUUGCCAUGUCUAAGCCGGACAAGGAACUGAUUGCCGAAGUCAUGCUGUACUCCCAGGGUUUCAAUCAGGCUAAAGCGCUAUCCAAGCAGACUGUGCCAUUCUUCGAUCGUUGUGCCGAUAGACUGUCCAAGCAGGCUCAUUACGAUUUUGGACUCCGUGCUCUGAAGAGUGUUCUCGUCAGUUCUGGAGGCUUGAAGCGUGCUCGUCUUACAAAUUCUGGAGGCGAACUUGGUCCAGAGGAAGAGGUCGAGCCUCAGAUCAUUGUUCAGAGUAUCCGCGAAACAAUUGCGCCGAAGCUGAUCAAGAGCGACGUGGAGAUCAUGCGAUCUAUCGAAGGCGAAUCUUUCCCUGGUGUCGAAUACGUGCCAGCAAGUCUUGAAAAACUGCAAGAGGCAAUCCACAGCAUUGCCAAGGAGAGGCAUCUCGUCGUGAACGAGACUUGGAUGACAAAGAUCCUUCAGCUCUACCAAAUCCAAGGCAUUCAUCAUGGUGUGAUGAUGGUUGGAAACUCUGGCUCUGGAAAAUCAGUAGCAUGGAAACUGCUCUUGCAAGCCCUACAGCAAGUGGAAGGUACUGAAGGUGUGUGCCACGUCAUCGAUUCGAAAGUUAUGUCGAAAGAAGCACUCUAUGGAAACCUUGAUUCGACCACCCGCGAAUGGACAGAUGGUCUCUUUACCAGCAUUCUACGUAAGAUUGUCGAUAACCUGCGUGGUGAAGAGGCUAAGCGACACUGGAUUGUGUUUGAUGGAGAUGUUGACCCUGAAUGGGUUGAAAACUUGAACAGUGUGCUCGACGACAACAAGCUCCUGACGCUACCAAAUGGCGAGCGUUUGAACCUGCCCAACAAUGUCCGAAUCAUGUUCGAAGUUGAGACGUUGAAGUAUGCUACUCUUGCUACUGUCAGUCGUUGUGGAAUGGUAUGGUUCAGUGAGGAUACCGUCACGCCCAGCAUGAUGGUUACCAACUACUUGGAUACCUUGAGAACUGUGGCAUUUGAGGAUCUGGAUGAAGAUGCCGUCGCCACCGGCCAGACUGCGGCCAAAGCACUCUCUCUCCAGGCACAAGUUGCAGAUCUUCUUGAAGCAUUUUUAACCACGGAUGACUUCAUUUUGAAUGCUCUGGAGCGAGCGGAGGCAUUUAAUCACAUCAUGGAGUUCACCGUUGCGAGAGUGUUGAAUACCCUGUUCUCACUUUUGAACAAGAGCGUGAGGGACCUCAUCGAAUACAACUCACAGCAUGUCGAUUUCCCGCUCGACCCGGAGCAAGUUGAAUUCUUUGUCGGAAAGAAGCUUCUUUUGGCUCUGGUAUGGUCAUUGACUGGCGACUGCCCCUUAGGCGAUCGCAAAGCUUAUGGAGAUUGUGUGGCCGGUCUUGCUACUUUCGGAUCUCCUCCGAUGGGUGACAACUCCUCUCUCAUUGACUACGAUGUCACACUACCAAAAGCCGACUGGUCCCCGUGGCAAAAUCAGGUCCCUACUAUCGAAGUUAAUACGCACUCAAUUACCCAAACUGAUGUUGUCAUUCCGACACUCGACACUGUCCGCCAUGAAGAUGUGCUGUACUCUUGGCUCGCGGAGCAUAAGCCUCUCCUUCUCUGUGGUCCUCCUGGAUCUGGUAAAACUAUGACAUUAUUCAGCGCCCUUCGAAAGUUGCCGAACAUGGAAGUCGUUGGAUUGAACUUUUCUAGCGCUACAACACCUGACCUGCUCAUCAAAACCUUCGAGCAGUACUGUGAAUACAAAAAGACACUUAAUGGCGUCAUUCUUUCUCCCACGCAAAUCGGCCGCUGGCUUGUGCUCUUCUGCGAUGAGAUCAACUUACCAGCACCAGAUAAGUAUGGCACACAGAGAGCGAUCUCUUUCUUGAGACAGCUUGUUGAGCAGAAUGGUUUCUGGAGGACUUCCGAUAAGACUUGGGUAACCCUCGAUCGUAUACAAUUUGUGGGUGCUUGUAACCCCCCGACCGAUGCUGGUCGUACGCCAAUGGGCGCUCGAUUCUUGCGACACGCACCGCUAAUCAUGGUCGAUUACCCGGGAGAGUUGUCACUACAACAAAUCUAUGGCACAUUCACAAACGCUGUUCUCAAGAUUAUUCCGUCUUUGAGAGGCUAUUCUGAGUCGCUCACCAAGGCUAUGGUCAAAUUUUACCUCGAGUCCCAACAGCGUUUCACGCCGAAGAUACAACCUCAUUAUGUCUACAGUCCUCGUGAACUCACCAGAUGGGUAAGAGGUAUCUAUGAAGCUAUUCGACCAUUGGAGACUCUGACGGUGGAGGGAUUGGUUCGAAUCUGGGCCCACGAAGCUCUUCGGCUAUUCCAGGAUCGUCUCGUUGCCGAAGAUGAGCGGAAGUGGACCGACGAAGUUGUCCACCGCAUUGCCCUCGACUUCUUCCCAACUAUUGAAGAAGACAAGGCUCUUGGUGGCCCGAUUCUGUUCUCCAACUGGCUAUCCAAGAAUUAUGUACCAGUUGACCGAGAGCAAUUGCGCGAUUUCGUCAAGGCUCGUCUCAAAACAUUCUGCGAGGAAGAGGUUGAUGUACCAUUGAUUCUCUUCAACGAUGUCUUGGAGCACGUUCUUCGUAUUGAUCGGGUGUUCCGACAGCCACAGGGACAUUUAAUUUUGAUUGGUGUAAGCGGCAGCGGAAAGACGACAUUAUCUCGAUUUGUUGCUUGGAUGAAUGGCUUGAAGGUGUUCCAGAUUAAGGUGCAUGGUAAAUAUUCAGCAGAGGAUUUUGAUGAUGAUCUGCGUGAUGUGCUGCGUAGGUGUGGUUGCAAAGGGGAGAAGAUCUGUUUCAUUAUGGAUGAAUCUAACGUGCUCGACUCUGGAUUCCUCGAAAGAAUGAAUACCCUCUUGGCAAAUGCUGAGGUUCCUGGUCUCUUCGAGGGCGAUGAACUUGCCUCGUUGAUGACUGGUUGCAAGGAAGGUGCUCAACGUCAAGGGCUGCUUCUCGACUCGCAAGAAGAAUUAUACAAAUGGUUCACUCAGCAGAUCGUCAAAAACCUUCACGUAGUCUUCACCAUGAACCCACCUGAGGACGGAUUGUCAUCCAAGGCUGCAACGAGUCCUGCUCUUUUCAAUCGUUGCGUACUGAAUUGGUUCGGAGACUGGUCCGAUCAAGCACUUUUCCAGGUCGGCACUGAGUUAACACAAUCGGUCGAUUUGGACAAACACAACUUCUCGGCACCGGACAGUAUUCCUGUUGCCUAUCGAGACCUUCACCUUCCAGCUUCUCAUCGCGAGGCUGUAAUCAAUUCAAUGGUCUACAUCCACUACUCUCUUCAUCACUUCAAUGUCAAGCUUCUGAAGCAGCAAGGCCGAAUUACAUAUCUCACACCCAGGCACUUCUUGGAUUUCGUGGCUCAAUACGUCAAAUUGUACAAUGAAAAACGCGAGGAUCUUGAGGAGCAACAACGACAUCUUAAUGUCGGCCUUGAAAAGUUGAGAGAUACAGUCGACAAGGUUCGAGAUCUUCGCGUCAGCCUUGCGGAGAAGAAGGGCCAACUGGAGCGCAAAGAUGCUGAGGCAAAUGAGAAACUCCAACGCAUGGUUGCAGACCAACGGGAAGCCGAACAACGGAAGACCACAUCUCUGGAGAUUCAAGUUGCACUAGAGAAGCAGGAGUCGGAAGUCGCUGAGCGCCGAGAACUGGUGUUGAAUGAUCUGGCCAAUGCUGAGCCAGCCGUUAUUGAGGCCCAGAAGAGCGUUAGCAACAUCAAAAGACAGCAUCUAACAGAAGUGCGUUCCAUGGGGAACCCGCCCUCGGGUGUCAAACUUGCACUCGAUUCCGUUUGUACUCUGCUUGGCCAUAAAGUCGACAGCUGGAAGACUGUGCAAGGUAUCGUCCGUAAAGAUGACUUCAUCGCCAGCAUUGUUAAUUACGACAACGAGAGACAAAUGACGCGCAAUCUUCGUAUUAAGAUGCGAAAUGAGUACCUCUCCAACGACGACUUCACUUAUGAGAAAGUCAACCGCGCUAGUAAGGCCUGUGGUCCGCUCGUCCAGUGGGUCACAGCUCAAGUAAACUAUUCCGAGAUUCUCGAUCGGGUCGGUCCAUUGAGAGAAGAAGUGGGCACGCUUGAAGAGCAGGCACUCCAAACCAAGGCUGAAGCACAGGCUGUCGAGAACACAAUCAAUACCCUUGAGGAAAGCAUCGCUACAUAUAAGACCGAAUACGCAGCUUUGAUCAGCGAAACUCAGGCUAUCAAGACGGAAAUGUCUCGCGUCCAAUUCAAGGUUGAUCGAAGUGUUCGCCUCCUCGACAGUCUUUCGUCAGAGCGUACUCGUUGGGAGGCAGGCAGCAAGUCUUUUGAGACUCAGAUUGGCACUCUUGUCGGCGACGUCCUUGUCGCUGCAGCAUUCUUGGCCUACAGUGGUCUCUAUGAUCAGCAAUUCCGAAAGAACAUGAUGGAAGACUGGCUGCAUCAGCUUCAACUCUCGGGUAUCAACUACAAGCAACACAACCCGAUUACUGAAUACCUCUCGACCGCGGACGAGCGACUUGGAUGGCAAGAAAACUCACUGCCAGUGGAUGAUCUUUGCACAGAGAAUGCAAUCAUCUUGGAGCGAUUCAACCGAUACCCAUUGAUCAUUGAUCCCUCAGGCAGAGUUACCGAGUUCCUCCAAAAGCAAAGCAAGGACAGGCGCCUCACGGUCACAAGUUUCUUGGAUGAUUCGUUCACAAAGCAGCUUGAGAGUUCUCUUCGUUUCGGUAACCCAAUCCUCAUUCAGGACGCGGAGUACCUGGAUCCUGUUCUCAACCACGUCCUCAACAAGGAAUAUCAGAAGACAGGUGGCCGUGUUCUCAUCCAAUUAGGCAAACAGGAAAUUGAUUUUUCGCCCGCUUUCAAGAUAUACUUGUCUACCAGAGAUCCAUCUGCGACGUUCGCUCCUGACAUUUGCAGUCGAACUACAUUUGUGAAUUUCACGGUCACACAGAGCAGUCUGCAGACCCAGUCCCUCAAUGAGGUUCUGAAGUCUGAGCGACCCGACGUUGACGAGCGCAGAUCCAACUUAAUCAAGUUACAGGGAGAAUUCAAGGUUCAUCUUCGACAAUUGGAGAAACGUUUACUACAAUCCUUGAACGAAUCAAGAGGCAAUAUCCUAGAUGAUGACAAUGUUAUCGAGACGCUCGAGACGUUGAAGAAGGAGGCUGCUGAGAUCUCGAUCAAGAUGAACAAUACCGAAGGCGUAAUGGCUGAGGUAGAUGAGAUCACGCUACAAUACAACAUCAUCGCUCGAUCUUGCAGUGCAGUAUUUGCUGUUCUCGAGCAACUGCACCACCUCAAUCACUUCUACCAAUUCUCUCUGCAGUACUUCCUUGACAUCUUCCACACAGUCUUGCACGGCAAUAAGAGAUUGGCUACCGAAACGAACCACAAUGUCCGACGUGAUAUCAUCAUCGAAGACCUUUUCGUUACGACAUACCAACGUACAGCCCUGGGGCUUCUACAGAAAGACAGAAUCACAUUGGCCAUGCUUCUUGCUCAAGCAGCGCCUUUCAAGAUGGAGAAGAGUUUCAUUGAUGUCUUCCUAGAUGAGAGCGUGGAGGGUACCGAUGUCUCAACCGAAACUGACAAGAGAGAUGAGGUUUUCACACGAGCAUCCAGACUGCCUGUGCUGAAGGGCAAGCUUGAAGGUGUGUCUUCUGAGGCAUGGGACCGCUUCAUAUUUGAGGAGAUUGGAGAGAACUUUGUGCCACAAGUCUGGGAAGAGGAUACUGAGAAGCGCGAUCAAGAACUCAUCUCACUUCUGCUUGUCAAACUCUUUCGUCUUGAUCGAUUCGUUCCAGCCUCUGAGUGCUUUGUUACAGCUGUGUUCGGCGCCGGCCUCCUUGAUACAACGGAGGAUCUCAAGCAAACUGUCGAUCAGGUCUCUGCAAGCCACCCAAUUGCCCUAUGCUCCAGUCCUGGUUUCGAUGCCAGCUAUAAAGUUGACAAUUUGGUUGAGCGUUCUCGGGCUGCAUGCACGAAUAUUGCUAUGGGUUCCAACGAGGGUUUAGCAAGCGCCGACAAGGCUAUCAGCAACGCUGCUGCAAAUGGUUCUUGGGUCCUCGUCAAGAACGUCCACUUGGCUCCAACUUGGCUCCAGAGUCUCGAAAAGCGGAUGGACUCCCUCAAGCCACACCCGGACUUUAGAUUGUUCUUGUCGAUGGAAUCUAGUCCGAAGAUUCCUGUGAAUCUGUUGAGAGCUUCUCGGGUGUUGAUGUAUGAACAACCAGCUGGUGUGAGAGCCAAUAUGAAGGAUUCGAUGGCAUCGCUGUCAUCGAGGGCGACGAAGAAUCCCGUGGAGAAGUCUAGACUUUACUUGCUGUUGUCUUUCUUACAUGCUGUAGUCCAGGAGAGACUGCGAUAUGCACCGAACCUGGGAUGGAAGGGUUUCUGGGAAUUCAAUGAUAGCGAUUACGAAUGUUCUGCUUUCAUCAUUGAUACCUGGGUUGAGGCUGUAGCAGCAGGUCGCACGAACGUAGCGCCCCAAAACCUGCCCUGGGACAUGAUCCGCACUUUAAUCGUCGAGACAUACGGAGGCAAAAUUGACGAUGAAGGUGAUUUCGCGCGUCUCACUCAACUAGUAAACUCCUUCCUCACACCAUCCGCCUACGAAAUCGGGCACAAACUUGUGGAAGGAAUUGCGGGACCUGGACAAGACGAGGGCAGUUUAACCGUACCCAAUGGGACCUCACUGAGAGAUUUUACCGAAUGGAUUCAAAAGCUCCCCGAGCGCGAACCACCAACAUACCUUGGCUUGCCCGCUAACGCCGAGAAAUUACUGCUGGUUGGACAAGGCAAGAGCAUGAUCACGAACUUGGAGAAGAUUACAGAGUUGUUAGAUGAGGGAGAGCAGAUCAUGGCUGAGGCCGCAUGA